AUGCCGCUGUCGAACCGCCGUCGCGCACGGCGCAAGGAAAUUCAACUGCAGGAAACAUCCGACGCGGAGGCUCCAGACUCGUCGCCUACUCGUCCCUCCGCAAAGAAGCGCAAGGUUGAGCGCCGUACUCCCCAGCCCCGAACUGCCGUGAAGAAUGAGUCCGGUGACGAAGCCGAAGACUCGCCCGGCGACCAUGAUCAGUCCCUGCACCAGGAUGUGACUGACUUGGUGAUUUCGUACUUGAAUACACCUCCCCAGGAAAUCCGUGUCUCGCGCGACCACUCGAAUCAAAAGACCGAAAACAAACAAAGCAUCGAGGCGUACGCCAAAAUCGCUGGCCGCAACUGGACCUAUUACGUCAAAACGCUGCAUGUCAAUAUCGGUCGUGAACCGGACCGUGAGCAGAAGUCUGCUGAGCAGUCCAGCCCCGUCACCAUCGCUGCUCGUGCGCUCCCCGAUGUGCAUGUCGACUUGGGCCCCAGCAAAUUUGUUUCGCGCCUGCAUGCCGAAAUCUUUUAUGAUGGAGAGCAGGCACCCGCCUGGCAUAUCCGAGUCAACGGCCGCAACGGUGUCCGCCUCAAUAAUUCGAUGCUGAAGCGCGGCGCCGAUGCCAUUCUCCGCUGUGGUGAUAUCAUUGAAGUCGCCAACUGCCAGAUGAUGUUUGUCACUCCCGGUGACGACCCUAGCAUCCACCCCAGUUUCAUCGAACGCGCUCAGCGCAUCGCCAGCGGCCACGAACCGGACCCUGCCUCCGUGGCCUGGGAAGCAUCUCAGCACCAUUCCGCUUCGCAAGCUACCGAACCCCUGCGACCUUCUUCGUCUGGUGGUCCUUCCCUGGUGCCCGCUCCGAAUCUCCGCCAGCGCCAGGUCACUCCGCCACCUCGUUCGCCUGGAACCGACGGUCAGCGCACGACCAAGCAAUCCCCUCUUUACAACCGGGGUAUGAUGAUGGAGAGCACCGAGGAGAUCGACUACAGCAGGGAUGCCGCGAAGGAUCUAAAGCCGCCGUACAGUUAUGCCACACUUAUUGCGCAGGCCAUCUUCUCCAGCGAGGAGGAGAAGCUCACCUUGAACAGCAUUUACAAUUGGAUCAUGGACAAAUAUGCAUUCUACCGACACUCCCAGAGUGGCUGGCAGAACUCGAUUCGCCAUAACCUGUCGUUGAACAAAGCAUUCCAGAAGGUGCCUCGCAGAACCGAUGAGCCAGGCAAGGGUAUGAAGUGGCAGAUUGCCGCUGAGCACCGUGAAGAGUACCGCAAGAAGCAGAUGCGCAAAGGCGGCACCCAAUCAUCUGCUCCUUCGUCGCCUGCUACCAAGGAGCCUCCCUCUUCGGCUCGGGGUACUCAUGUUUCUAACAUUGAUACGUCUUUCUCGGCUACCGCAAAGAAAUCUCCCCCUGUCUCCUCGCCUGGUUUUAGCUCGUUCCCAGUGGCCCCUGUGGAGGCGUAUACUCCGGAACGGGGCUCCCGGGCCGGCCGUGGUGUCGGCUCGGACCAUCCCCUGAGACACAUGAAUCCGCGAGACUACGAGGAGCCAUCGCCCCUGCCGGCACGCAAUCAUAGCCAAGUCAAUGCCAGCCAGGCACAGAACAGCAGCAACAACCUGAGCCGCGCCUACGGACUUUCGGACCAGGCAGCCGGCUCUCCACCUGUCCUGUCGUCGUCCUACUAUGAUGAUGGACCCUCUUCGAUGAUCACGCCUGCUCCACAGCGCCAGCAGCCCCGCCUGCCGCCCCCUAGCACGGCGCAGAUCCCGUCCAAGUUCAUGCCGAUGAGCUCCCCGGCUCAAUUCUGGAAAUUCGCCGACAUUGGUAGCACCCCCGCGCGCCCGGUCCCAGACAUGAGUCCCCUGAAGGGUGAGCCUGAUGACCGUAUCAUCGGUGGCUUCCCGAGUAGCAGUCCGCCUCCGCCCAACUUGGCUAGCCCCAGUAAACCCGGUACAUCCAAUGGCCUUGGCUCGAGCCGUACUUUGCCCCCCUUGCAGUCUGAUGGUGAUAUGGGUGCGAAUGGAGCACGAAAGGAAGAUCGAAUGGAGGAGGAUGAAGAAGAGGAUACCGGCGGCUUUGAUCUUGCUCGUGGUUUCCAACCGAUUGGUUCCUACCAUCGACAGCUGAGCAAUGCUGCCCGGGCUACUGCAACUUGA